GGGCGGAUGCAACCAAAUGCUUCAAGAGAAAGUUGAGAGAAAGUGCAGAUUCAGAGGCUGCAGGAAGAGAACGCAACACAAGACGGCAGGGUGUGUGGAGUCAAUGCAGCUGCGCACGUGAAGAGUUAUGAAAAAGGCGGACCACACGUGCAACACUCAGAAGGCCCAAACAAAGGACAAUGAAUCUCAACCAAGAAGCACAAAUAAGGUUCUUCAUCAGGAGCGCCAUGUGACAUCUCAUCAUCGCAGCAUGUCAGCUGACUUUUGUAGACGUAGCUCCACCUCCGUCAUUACUGUGAGGAAGAGGAUGAAAGAACCACAGCCUCCUCCCCGUCGAGCCUCCCUUGUCAACAAUCUGCUCACGUCCCAUCCCACCUCCAAGCGCUACUCCUGCCCUCCCAUUGGGAUCUGUCACGCGCUAUCAUCAUCUUCAUCCUCAUCCUCUUCUUCCUGUUCCUCCCCUCCUCCUGUGCAGACAUGUACAAUCACCGGCCACGACCCACUGGGAUGGAAGUUGCGACCCAAGUCCAGUUGUCCACGGUCCAACAGGCUCUCUCUGCAGAUCCCACUUCCAGUCCCCGAUCAGGCAUCAACCAGAUGCAUGGCCACCUCACAGUCAGAGCCAUUGACCCAACCCAAACCACUGCGCCGUUACAACUCUGACUCCUCUGCUCUUCUCAGGUGUACAGCGAUGCCUCUGCCGGUGAAAACAGUUGAUGAAUUUCACCAGGUGGGUCUUCGCCCUGUUGCUCGCCUCAAUCACUACGAUGAUGUUUUCAGCAGCAAAAAGGAAGAUGAGAAUCCAGGCAUCGCAGUGAGAGCUAAGGUUGCUAAAGUACCACCUCAGGUUCCAUACAAAUCUCCAAUGGCAAGACAUAUCGCUCAGUUGAUGGCCGAUGCACAUCGGCAGGAUCUCUACAGUUGUGUGAAGAAGAUGAACCUGAAACCAGACCAGUCAAAGAAGAAAGUCUGACAGCCAAUUCUUAAUCCACCAUUUCUGCUAUACAGCCUGUUGCAGCAGCUUGAAUAAAGACAUGAAUAGUGUGACCCAUGUAGGUUCCCGA